CGAAUACUCACGUCGCGCCUUCUGGAGAGACUACGAUCAUGACAGUGGCGAAAGAAGAAGUCAAGCGGAAGGCUGAAGAUGGCCUCAACGAUGCAAGCCCCCUAAAGCGGACCAAGAAAGAGGACUCAGUGAGCUCAGUGGAAGAUACCAAACCUCCAGCACCCCGAGCUGUGCCGUUCCCGGAGAAGCCAGCAGUGAUUGAAGAGCGAAAUGGCGAGAUCGAGUUCAGGGUAGUAAAUAACGACAACGAACGAGAGAGCUCAAUUAUCCUCACGGGCCUCAAGUGUAUCUUUCAGAAACAGCUACCGAAAAUGCCGAAGGACUAUAUCGCGCGAUUAGUCUACGAUAGAACCCAUCUAUCAAUAGCCAUCGUAAAGAAACCGCUCGAGGUAGUCGGAGGAAUUACGUAUAGACCGUUCAAGGGAAGACAGUUUGCAGAAAUUGUAUUUUGUGCUAUCUCUUCGGACCAGCAAGUCAAGGGCUAUGGGGCACAUCUCAUGUCGCAUCUGAAAGACUACGUCAAGGGAACGUCGGACGUUAUGCACUUCCUGACAUAUGCGGACAAUUACGCUAUCGGCUACUUUAAGAAACAAGGUUUCACGAAAGAAAUAACGUUGGAAAGACCGCGGUGGAUGGGUUAUAUCAAAGAUUAUGAGGGAGGUACAAUCAUGCAGUGUAGUAUGGUUCCGAAAAUACGGUAUCUUGAGUCUGGUCGGAUGCUCCUGAAACAGAAAGAAGCAGCCAAAGCCAAGAUCAAGUCCGUCUCCCAAUCUUGGGUAUCUCAUGAUCCCCCAAAGGAGUGGAAAGACGGCAUAUGCAAAAUCGAUCCACUGUCCAUCCCCGCUAUCAAAGCAUCUGGCUGGUCUCCAGAUAUGGAUGAACUCGCUCGUGCUCCACGCCACGGGCCUAAUUAUAACCAGCUGCUACACCUCUUGAACGAUAUGCAAAACAACAGCAAUGCAUGGCCAUUCCAGCAACCUGUCAACAAGGAUGAAGUGGCCGACUAUUAUGACGUCAUCAAGGAGCCUAUGGAUCUUGCAACGAUGGAAGAGAGACAUGAGAAAGACAUGUACCCCACUCCUGAAGACUUUAUCCGCGACGCCAAGCUCAUAUUCGACAACUGUCGGAAAUACAAUAAUGAGACCACACCAUACGCCAAGGCUGCAAACAGGCUAGAGAAAUUUAUGUGGCAGAAACUCAAGGAAGUGCCGGAGUGGACAGUAAGCCACUCGUUACAGUGACGAUGUUUAUGACUAACUGGCCCCAGCAUCUCGAGUCAGAAUUUACUGGCAAAUGAAGCACUAUUUUGGUUCCAUACUGUCAAGUGAAGCAUUAUCGGGUUAUACUGGCGUU